GACAAUCUGCAAGCACUCAACACCGGCACAGAACUCUGUUAGCAGGGAAGACUGAGGUAGUUGGAGAGAGAGAGGUUUGGUGAGGUAUUGUGCAGAUGAAGAGAGAAAAGUUUGGAUGAGAAGAAAAAAAACAAGAAACAAAUAGUAAAAAAGUUGAGGAGGAGAAAGAGAAAAAAGAAGAAGAAAAAGCGAGGAUUUGAAAAGUAAGCUGUGGCGAGUGAACUAACAAUGGGCUCCCCAGUGCGCUGUGCUGUUGCUGUAGUUGUCUCAAUACUGGGUCUCCUCUACUAUAGUCCCCCUGUAUGGGGCCAGGAGCUACAGGAGAGGGACGCUCUGUGCAACGAGGACGGCUGCUUCGUGGUCUACUUCCAGCGCAAGACCUUCCUGGACUCCUGGAGGAGCUGCAAGGAGAAGGGAGGCAACUUGGCCACAGUCAAACUCCAAGAGGGAGCUGACACUAUCGCUGCUCUCUUCUCCAGUGUGGAGCUACGGGGCCUCAGAACCAAGGUCCGGGUGUGGAUUGGUCUCCAGAGACAGCCUCGCCAGUGUACCGCCUCUCGCCCUCUCCGUGGGUUCUCCUGGAUUACGGGUGACCAGGAUACCCAGUACACCAACUGGCUGAGGGACGACUCACCCAGUACCUGUUCGGCCCCGCGCUGUGUGGUUAUGACCUAUGGCACAGCCGCCCACGAGCAGCAUGAUAAUUUUAAAUGGCUGGACGGCUCGUGUUCGGUACCUGUGGAUGGCUACUUGUGCCACUACACCUACAAGGGCAUGUGCCCGGCUAUUUGGAGCGAGGGAGGCGGCAAUGCCCUCUAUAGUACCCCCUUCAGUCUCCUCAGUAGCCUUCUUACCCACGUGCCCUUUGGAUCUGUAGCCACGGUGCCCUGCCCGGGGGGCACCAAGGAGGAGCAGUCAGUGCUGUGUGUGCUGAGGGAGGAUGGCACUGUGGGGUGGUCCAGGGAGACGCCCCUCUGCUCCGACACCACAGAGAAGAGCUGGUGUGAUCGGGACAAUGGGGGCUGCGAGCAUUUCUGCCAGGAGGCCAGGGAACACUACUACUGUGAGUGCUCGGAUGGCUUUCAGCUCGGUGACGACGGGCAGACAUGUGUUGCUGUCGACCCGUGCCACAGUGCCCCCUGUGAGUUCGAAUGCCUUCCGCUGUCGGACGGCUACCGCUGUGCCUGCCCCGAAGGAUACAUGCUGGACCCGGAUGAGCGUGGUUGCCUGGAUGUAGAUGAGUGCCUGCAGAGUCCCUGCGAGCAGCUGUGCGUCAACGCCCCGGGAACCUUUGAGUGCCGCUGCCGCCAGGGCUACCGGACGGACCAGGAGGGCGACUGUGAGGACGUGGACGAGUGUAUGGAUGACCCCUGUGAGCACGCCUGCGAGAACACGCCUGGCUCCCACAUCUGCCACUGCCACCUGGGCUUCUCCCCCCUGCCCGAGGACCCCUCCCACUGCCAGGACACCGACGAGUGUCAGAUCCCUGGGACAUGUCAGCAGAUGUGUGUGAACUACGAGGGGGGCUUCGAGUGUUACUGCGAGGUGGGCUACGAGCUACUCUCUGACCAAUUCUCCUGCAGGAAGAUAGGAGAGGACUCACCCACCGCAGUUACGCCCUCGUACCCCUGGGUCACCGGCCAACCUGGUUCCAAGUGGGACCCCCAGCAGACCUACACCGACUGGCCCCUGGAGGAGGAAGAGUCCCUGGACUGGCUCACAGACCCUCCCAGGCUGGAAAGUGACAUCAUCUGGGUCACCAGCGCACCCCAGGAGGAGCCAGUCCUAAACCACAACCCAUUCCUGCCCUUCCCCACGGAAGAGCCUGAGGAGGAGGAAGAGGAGGAGGAAGAAGAGGAGGAGUAUACACCUGGCUGGGACAUCAUGAAUUGGAAUGUCCCAGCCAAGGUCCAGCCAGAGUUGGAACCCACGCCCAGUCUCUCUCCCAGCCCCACAUCCGACACAAUCCCCACCCCAACACCCACAUCUGACAGGUAUUGGUUUGAGGAGGAUGAGGAGACCACUACCAGUCCCUCAGUCCUCCCCACCUCCACUAUCUCGGGAGGGGCCUGGAACUGGUUCUGGAUCAGUUCCACCCCCACCAGCCAGGACCAAGGACUUACGACGUGGCAGGAGCCAAUCACUGACCAGUAUGUCCCCGCAUCCAACUAUGAUGAAGCUGAUGAGAAUGAGGAAGUGGGGGUAAUUGACGAUGGGUGGGUGACAUACCCCCCAGAGAUGGACCAGGACCCAGGCCAGCACACCCCCUCCCUGCCUUUUCCCCUGGCUCCUCAAACCCCCCUCACACCCAACCAGGGAGUCGAGGACGUGGUGGGGGUGGAGGAUGAGAGGGAGCCUCCCCAGGAGGAUGAGAGUAUCCAGAAGCAGGAUGGUGCCAACUGGCUGCUGGUAGGCCUCCUGGUGCCCCUUUGUAUCUUCAUCGUGGUGAUGGUGGCACUGGGCAUCGUCUACUGUACCCGUUGCGCUGUCACGCCACGCAAUAAGUCCGCCACCGACUGCUACCAUUGGAUCUCCGGGGCGCACGACAAGCAGGGCGCGCUCAAUCCCAGCAAGGGGAUGCAGUCACAUGUUUAAACAGACAAAAUGAGGAAAGACUUGUAGAUAAAUAAACUGGUUUUAUAAAUAAGAGGAGAGGAUAUGAAGAAGGUAAGAGAGGACUUGGGUGGUUGUUUUAUUGAAUGCGACUCUGUGAAACACUUGGAUGUUUCUGUGGAAUAUCGGUUGAAAGAGAGAAGAGAAGAAACAGGAAGCAAUACAACAACAAAAACCACGGAUCCUUUUCUUGGGAUGAUUUGACAUUAUUGUUGCUUACGCAGAUCUCACAGGACAAGGUAUAUGAUCCCUAUCUGAUUGCACUAUAGGGUCAUAAUAGAAACCAUCUAUUGGGGUUGAAUACGUCAUCUGGUUAUAGUUACAGAUGCUGUGGGUAUAAACUGUUAAUGUAUUACCAGUGCCAUCUGAAAACCUAAGCCAAAGAACUAUACUGUAGCCUAUAGCAUUGUUUUGUUGUCGAUGAAAUCUGGGUGUCUGCACCUUUCAAACAAAUGCUCAGGUUUUGAGCUCAUUCCCCAAAGUGUGGUGUCACAAAUUACUGUUUUUUGUCCACUUUGUCAAAGAAGCAGGUUCUUAUUUACCUCAGAAGUUGGUGAAUGAAGGCGGUUGUGAUUCACGCCCCUUUGCAGGACAGCAGACAUUUCAGCAGUUGAACCAAACUAUACAAGCAUGACUGUCAUGACGCUGUUGACUGUCACGACGCUGUUGACUGUCACGACGCUGUUGACUGUCAUGACGCUGUUGACUGUCACGACGCUGUUGACUGUCAUGACGCUGUUGACUGUCACGACGCUGUUGAGAAGAAGCAGUCACUCGGAUAUUACUUUUACGCUUCUGCUUUUUUAAGUACCGGAACAAAUCAAUUCACACCACAGACCAAAUUAGUUUUAUACAGUACGCGUGUAUAUAUGUGCUUGAUUGAUUGUUUUUGUGUAUGUAUAGUUUGUAGCAAUGACUUUUCCAGACAAUGUGUUAGUGUCAUGAUUCCUGAUUCAACGAAGUGCCUUUUGUUUCAUAUUGACCACAGAACUCUUAGUAAUUCCAAGGAAUGUCUCUCUGUCUAAGGGGAUGGUUCCUUCCAUUCAACUCCAAUUAAACUAACUAUCUCACCCAUGCUCCUUGUGAAGGUUUGAGUGCAGAUGGAAGAUGUGUUUGCAUUACAGACUACAAGGACUGUAAUGGGGGGGGUCACAGGCUCCCGAUUGACUUUACCAUUGGCCUUUUCAGUGAACUCGUGAUCUUUCAAUCGCUCCCCAGUCCCAUGUCACAUACUGUAAGUGUUCAGCACGCCGCACUCCCUCUUGUCACAGGCCUGAUCUGAGCUUUCUAUGAACUUCCUCAAUAGCCAUGAUGGGACAUUACAUACUGUAAGUGUUCAGCACGCCCCACUCCCUCUUGUCACAGGCCUGACCUGAGCUUUCUAUGAACUUCCUCAAUAGCCAUGAUGGGACAAUACAUACUGUAAGUGUUCAGCACGCCCCACUCCCUCUUGUCACAGGCCUGACCUGAGCUUUCUAUGAACUUCCUCAAUAGCCAUGAUGGGACAAUACAUACUGUAAGUGUUCAGCACGCCCCACUCCCUCUUGUCACAGGCCUGACCUGAGCUUUCUAUGAACUUCCUCAAUAGCCAUGAUGGGACAAUACCAACAUUUACAGUUUGAAGUCAAUGCUCCCUCUAGCAACUUUGACAGUAACUGCAGUCCCCAUUCAAAGGACGGCUUGCACUUGUAAAUGGCAGACUAUCAGAAAUGACAGACAAUGGAAUCAACCUAAGAUGUGCCUUCUGAUCUAAGGACUGUGAAAUGCUUUUUUAAAUGUUUUUGUUACCCGUUAGGUUUGAAGUAAUUGUUAAUUAAAAUGAUAUGAUAAGGGUUCUAUCGA